AUGUCUGGUGACAAACAUGUUAUACGUCGACCAGCCUGUGCAGAGGGGGUUAAUUAUGACAAUAUUACCAAAGGGGUUCUAGACCUGCUAACGGGGGAGGUUAUGCCUGGGGAAGAGCCCAACGGUACCGGGAUUGCAGGGGCCUUCUCCAGCCAGAAUGUGAAGCAAGCCGCCAAUAAAACGGAAAAUGCAGCAAUACAGUUCUGGUACUUUCUUCAGGCCUGGACCGGGAGUUUUGACAAGUACACUGCUGGUCGGGCGGGAGAAUUUCUCCAUACACAUCUGGACAGAGAACCCUCUUAUCCUUCGAUUGCAUACAACAACUCCUACGGUAUUAUCGCGAUUAACGAGACGGUCAAGGCUAUGGCAGAGGGUGAUCUUCCUACUUGUCUCAAUCUAGUUUCCAAGUGUCAAGAACUUGCCCGGACCCUAGAUCCCAACGCAACCGCUAACAAUGAGCAAGUUAAGGACAAGUAUAGAAAUGCGAGCGAAUAUUGUCUGGAGUAUAUCGAGGGCCCUUACGUUGUCGAGAUGAAAUGGGGUUAUUAUGAUAUGGCGCACUGCUACCUUGAUCCGUUCCCGCCGGAAUAUUACGUUGGAUUUUUAGCACAACCAGAAGUGAAGCAAGCACUAGGUGUUCCUGUUAAUCACACUGAGACCUCCCCGGUUGUUGGGCAGUCGUUUAUCAUGACAGGAGACUAUACGAGAAACGGGAUGGAAGGAUAUACGAGUGAAAUCGGAUACUUGCUUGAUUCAGGUGUCCAGGUGGCGCUGGUAUAUGGCGACCGUGACUACGCUUGCAAUUGGGUCGGCGGCAAGGUUGUAAGCCUCGCUGUCAAUUACAGUCAGUCUGACGCGUUCAAAAUGGCUGGGUACGAGGAGAUCGUAUUGAGCAAUCACACCAAUCGGGCAUGGGUUGCCUGCGCCAGCACUAUUCGUUCACUCGUGUAUACCAGUCGGGCCACAUGGUUCCUUCGUAUCAGCCAGAGCUUGCGCUGGAACUAUUCCGUCGAUCACUUUUCAAUCUUGACUUCGCAACGGGGAAGACAAACAUACGACACAAUCGAACUACUCGACUACCAGUCCCGAAAACUCCACGCAUACGGAAAAACCACCUGCUCAGCCAUAUCUAACGUGCUACUUCUGGUACAUGCCUUCAUCAUGUGCUGA